AUGGUGAUGCAGUGGCGGCUCUGUGUGUACAGCCUGAGGAUUCUCCUCCUGGCACCAUGUUCUCUCUCUGAGAAGUUCUCCCUGGUUGGCUCCCUGCACCCCGUGGUGGGGGUAGUUGGCCGGGAUGUGGUGUUACCCUGCCAGCUCUCUCCCCCGGCCCGGCUGCCCAGCAUGGAAGUGCGGUGGAGGAAAAUUGGAUCAGGAUUUAUCCCAGUUCACGAGUACUCAGAUGAUGGUCCCCAGGACAUGUCGGGGGAGAGUUAUCAGACCCGGACGGAGCUGUUCCUGCAGGAAUUCAGCAGCGGGAACGUCUCCCUGAAGCUGAAACGGCUCCUAGUGGUGGAUGCUGGGAAAUACCAGUGCUUUGUGAGGAACCCAGAGUGGAGCCGUGAAGCCACCACUGAGUUACAGGUCGCAGCUGUGGCUCCAGUGUUCAUUGAUGUGCUGGGCCCCCGGGACCAGGGGAUUGGACUGGCCUGUAGAUCCACAGGCUGGUUCCCCAAACCCGAACUCCAGUGGGUUGGAAAGAACUGGCAGAACCUGUCGAUGGAGAUUGUGACCAGCAUGACUCAGGACAGAGAGAACCUGUAUAGUGUUGUGAGUCACGUCACGGUCACAGAACGGGAAGAAAAUGAAGAAAUCAGCUGCAUAGUGCGGAAUGGCCUGCUGGAGACUGUGCAACAAUCUGCCAUUCACCUCUCAGGAGAUGUCUUCCCCCGUGUGUCUCCCUGGCUGGCUGCAUUCUGGGUGAUGUUCACUCUGGUUCUCAUUGCUGCUGGAGUUUGUGCAUAUCUUGGAUAUGCAGCGAAGCGAAAGGCCUCUCAGAAGAAACGCUCUAAAUGUGAGACUCUGAUAAAUCUUGAGACUGAGAAAAAGACCUGGGAGUCAGAGUACCAGGAGCUGCGUGAGACAACUGAUGUUGAAAGGAAGACCAUUGAAUCAGAGUGUCAGGAGCUCCGUAAGAAGCUUGAUGCUGAGAGGAAAGCCUUUGAAGCAGAGUGUCAGGAGCUCCGUAAGAAGCUUGAUGCUGAGAGGAAGGCCUUUGAAGCAGAGUGCAGCAAGCUGCGUGAAAGGAUUGAGUCUCAGGAAAAGGAGAACAAGAAGUUGAAAUCAGAGUGUGGCAAGCUGCGUAAGACAAUUGCACAAACCACGAGACGGUGUAGUCCACAACAUUACGGGCAUUUCUAUGCCCAGCCGGCAGUGGAGAAGGACGAACAAGGGGUUCGGGUGUAA